GUCUGCAUCUCUCUCCAUCCACACGGAGUGGGGUAUUGGACAACAGAGACAGAUUCAGGCUACCGUGCCAAGGAACGGGCUGCAGUCUCCCGAAGCCAACUAACGCAAACUGAUUGAAUCAGGGACAGCAGCGGUGACAGACUUUCAAACGAAAUGUUAUCAGAACCCUCUACCCAGUGAUGUCGUCAGAACCCUCUACCCAGUGAUGUCAUCAGAACCCUCUAACCAGUGAUGUCAUCAGAACCCUCUACCCAGUGAUGUCGUCAGAACCCUCUACCCAGUGAUGUCGUCAGAACCCUCUACCCAGUGAUGUCGUCAGAACCCUCUACCCAGUGAUGUCAUCAGAACCCUCUACCCAGUGAUGUCGUCAGAACCCUCUACCCAGUGAUGUCUUCAGAACCCUCUACCCAGUGAUGUCGUCAGAACCCUCUACCCAGUGAUGUCGUCAGAACCCUCUACCCAGCGAUGUCGUCAGAACCCUCUACCCAGUGAUGUCGUCAGAACCCUCUACCCAGCAAUGUCGUCAGAACCCUCUAACCAGUGAUGUCAUCAGAACCCUCUAACCAGUGAGCUCAAGGUCAAACCAAGGUCACAGGUGGAAAGGAGUGAAAACAGGAAGGAUGUGAGAUGAGAUUUCAUUCUCUUGUUCCCUGGCUACAACAAACACCAGAAAGCACCCAUAGAGAGAGAGAGAAAGCGAGAGAGAGACAGAGGGAGGAGAGAGAGAGAGAAGAAGAGAGAGAGAAAGAGGGAGAAGAGAGAGAGAGACGUAAACAAUAGAAGGAAAGAGAAAGAGAGAGAGAGAGAGAGAGAGAAGGAGGAGAACACACAAAUCCAUUAAUGGCAGCAGAACCCGAGAGGUGUCUUUGAGAUUGCCUGAAGGACCCUUCCUCCACUAUGAGUGUCCCAGCUGGUCUCCAGAGUCUGUCUGUCAGCGGACGAGACAUAAAAAACAACAACAACAAAUCUCAUGUCCUGUUUCACCCUUCGACUGGAGAUGCUAACGCUAACCAGCUAGUGCUAAUUGGGGAGACCCCAGAUGACCAGGCCUCCAGCCCGCUACCCCCCCUGGUGGCCCAGAGCGAAGCCCAGGACAAGCUUCUUAUCUGGGGCAGGGAGGAGCGAUGUCUGGACCAUGACAUCCAGGAGUUGGAACUGCUAGAGUGUCGCGAGAUACACACCUUCCAUGGAGAUGGAGGUGAAGGGGGGGAUGGAAAGAGAUUAGGAGAAGUGGAGGAGGAUGAUGAAGGAGAGGAUUCUAAAAGAGGAGCAGACGAAGGACUGUCGAUCUCUUCCAGCUCCACGGCCAGCUGUGUUUCUGUUCACGGGAACGAUAACGAUAGCAAUGGGAGGGACAGAGGGAUGGAUAGACAAAAAGAGGUAGCGGGAGAGAGAGAGGUGCUCCAUCAGGACCUCAACUACAGCGUCCCUCGAUCAGGUAAAGAGACGGGAGGAGGAGGUGGAGGAGGAGAGCAGAACAGCGGGGGUGACAGAGGGAGUCUCUGUGUGUCUGCCGUUUCCACCCUGAGUAGCAGUCUGGACCCUACUGGACAUCCAUUGACCUCUAACCCCAAUCCCACUACCUCAGCCAAGAGAAGGGCUUCCCCUGUUGGCCUGAACUCCACAGCAGCACCACACUCUCAGGACACUCCUAACCUGGGAGAACUACAGUACCCGAGGUCACCUGACCAAGAAGUACAUCAUCAGCACCAGGAAACAUCUAACCUGGAAGUAGAACUGUCGAGGGGUCAAAGUGCGACAGAGGAGGGGUCUAAACUGGAUGUUACCACUCAAAGACAGGACGUGAGGUGUUACCAGGGAAACAUAAUUUUGUCCUCCUCAGAUGGAGGGAUAGGACAGAGGAAGAAGGGAGUAGGAGCUCCUCCUCCUCGCAGACAACAGCUCGUCCGACCUCUCUGUCAGUUGGAACCAGGAAGAGGGAGGAGCUUAGCUGAGCCAAUCACAAGACGGCGCUCCUCGACCUCUCCCUCCCUGUCUCCAGAUGCAGGUCGUAAGGUCGUGGACCCAGGUCACCACGGGGUCGACGGCAAGCAAACACAAGAGACCCUAGAGGUCAAGAGUUCAAUGGUCAACUGUAGCAGUUACUCCCACCUUCACUCCCACCCCCAUUACCAGCCCAGCUCUAGUCCCGGAGCUCCCCAGCCCAGCCAGGCCAGCCAGUCUGCCCAGAGAGAGGCUCGUUCCCUGGAUAGACGUCGGAGUAGCACAGAACGUACCUCCAGCCUGGAGAAGAGACAUCAGUACCAGGACCAGUCUCAGCUCAGAUACCGUAGAACUAACCACUGUGGGGCUACUGUCACCUCUCAACCACGCUCACACACACCCCCUCGCUCCCCACUCGGAACCCCACAGGGGUCACCACGGAAACAAGAUCAUCAACAACAACAACAGCCGAUGUCCCCUUCGAGGAUCAUUACAGGUUCAGCUCGGUAUCCCCAGGGCUAUGGUAGCAGUGGGCUUAGACCACCUCUCAAAUCUAACCUUGCUUCUACAGGGAUACCCAUACCUCCUCUACACCAACAGGCCCCUAACCCCAGCCCCAGCCCCCCCAAGCCUAAAGGAGUGCGGCCCAAAAUCAUCACCUAUAUCCGGAAGGGUCCUCAACUCAAACCCCAGGCUUCAGACGGGCCUUACCAGGUCUCCUCCUUGCCCUCCAGGCUCUCUGCCUAUACACAUACACACUCCCCUGCCACAAACAUGCCUCAGAAGCACUCCUCUAGCCCCAAAACGCACACCAACACACACUCCCGCGGCAUAGCGUCCAGAAACACACCGGUCCUGAGUGCCUCCAACCUCCUCUACGACAAAUACAGACAGGAGAUGCAGAAAAACCGUCUGUUCAACUCUGGUAUGAUGGGAACAGGGAUCCGUGGCUACACACACACUGUCCCCCCGACACACACACAGUCUGGCUCUCACACCCACACACACACUGGAUCCCACACUCACAGCCACACAGCCCCUCCGAAGCUGGGCAGCAAGGCUGAGAGCUUCUACGGACCACUGGUGGACAAGUACCAACCAGCAGAGAUGAGUAGAAAUGCGGGCAGCCUUGGACGCGAGGACCCCUCAGGCCCCAGGAUGGCAACCCAGGCGGCUCAACCCGGCGGCAGUGGCAGCCUGCUCCGCUCUGGCAUAGGGCUGCGCCCGCAACUGGGUCUGGGAGCUGCUGCACGGGCAACCCCGGGGUCUGUCGUUUUCACAGCAACCAAGAAUCAGAUGAUGGUUCAGGGUCAGAGGACAGCAUUGGGAUUCAGUCAACCAGUGCAGGCCGUCAGCCCAGCGACCAAUCAGAAUGGACAGGACAACACAGGUGACCAGCAACGUCCGUCACCCACCCCAGCUCCGUCCCAGACCCCCAGGACUCUGCUCCCCAGCCAGUCAGCGCUGCGUGCUCCUGGGUUCAGCUCUGUGUGUCUCCCCUCUGGAGCCCCUGGAGCUGGACGUCUGGCUGCGUUCGGGUUCAUACGGAGCUCCAGUGUCUCAUCUGUGUCCUCUCUCCACUCUGUUGAGAGCUCCCCGUCAGACCCCUGUCGACGGCCCAGUGUUUGUGUGGACCCUCCCCUCUACAGAGUGACCAACCCACCCUGUACAGACCCCCAGAGAGGAGGGGCACCCCCAAACUAUGCCACCCGUAAUCUACAGCCCCCAUCUACCCCAGCUCUGCCUCGAAGAUACCUGCCUGCUCAGCCCAGAGGGUCACCUGUUGGUGUGAGGAAGGAGUUCCCGAGGAGUUCUGAGAUCACAAGGUCCCUUCCUUCCUCUCCUAAGAGGCUGGCUGUGGUGCCUCCUAAACCCCAGUCACCAGUCCUCCCCAGGCAGCGUCCAGCAGCAGCCGCCAGAGGGUCAGUUCCCCCCUGCUCCCCUCGGCGCGUUCCCCCCUUCAGGCCAAAGCAGGAACCACAGGAGAACCUGCAGAGGGAGAAAGAGGAGGCGCAGUUGAAGGAGAGAGAGAGGGAGGAGCAGGAGAGGGAGCGAGAGAGGGAGAAACAGAGGGAGGAGGUCCAGAGGCUUCAGAAUCGCUGUGUGGAGCAGGAGGAUCAGCUGACAUCACUGAGAGAGGAACUAAGGAAGACUACGCUAGGACUACAAGCCUUCAUCAUUACUUCCCAACACUACUGUCUACAGAAUGAGAGCGCUACAGAGAAGGAGAAAGAGCUCUCCCUGGAGAUUCAGAGGAUCAAACAGGAAGUCGCUUCUAACACCACUCAAUGGGAGAGGCUGCAAAAGGAGAAGGCGGAGCUGGAGGUGGGGUUUGAGCGGGAGCUCGCGGAGCUGCAGCUGCAGCAGGAGGAGGAGCUAGCGGCGGUGGAGGCGGAGCUAAGGGUCUGUCACUCAAAGGAGACGGAACACCUGAGGGCGGAGCAUCAGGAAGAGGUGGAGGAGAUCAGGACCCAGCAGCAGGAGCAGAUGGAUGAGCUGACGGUGAACCACGAGGCAGCCAUUCAAGAGCUGAGGGACAUGCACAACAUUACCAUGACAACGCUGUACGAGGAGCAUGCUCGCACCAUGAGGGACCUAAGGAAGGCUCAUGAGCAGCAGAAGGUAACUCUGGAAGAAGACUUUGAGAAGCUCAGACUCUCUCUGCAGGAUCAGGUGGACACCCUGUUGUUCCAGAAGAGUAGCCUGAGGGACAAAGCCAAGCGCUUCGAAGAGGCACUGAGAAGAAGCACAGAUGAACACAUAGUGGAUACCCUAGCUCCAUACCAGCACAUUGAGGAGGAUUUGAAGAGCUUGAAGGAUGUUGUGGAGAUGAAGAACAACCAGAUUCACCAACAGGAGAAGAAGAUCUCUGACCUGGAGAGAGUGGCCCAGAAGAACGUUGUGUUAGAGGAACGGAUGCAGGUGCUACAGCAGCAGAACGAAGACCUGAUGGCCCGUAUAGACAAUAACCUAGCCCUGUCCAGGCAACUCUCAGAGGAGAACGCUAACCUGCAGGAGAAUGUAGAGAAGGAGAACGGAGAGAAGAAACGACUGAGCCGUAACAAUGAGGAGCUCCUCUGGCGUCUACAGACCUCACCUCUCUGCUCCCCCUGCUCCUCUCCCAUCCACCGCUCCUUCUCCACCUCCCCCACUCCGUCUUCCUGCCUCUUUUCCUCCUCUCCCGGGAUGGGAGGAGGGACGGGGUUUGAAGCCCCCUCUCACUACUGUGGAGGAUACCUGCCCCCCGCACCUACACAUGGCUACUCCCCUAGUCACAGAGAGAAUCAGAAUCAGUCUCCAGGGCCGGCCACACCCACUCACAGAGGAUUCUCCAAUCAGAAUCAGUCUCCAGGACCGGCCACGCCCACUCACAGAGGAUUCUCCAAUCAGAAUCAGUCUCCAGGACCGGCGACGCCUACUCACCGAGUGUCACCCAAUCACUGUCACUCGCCUGCUCGGCUCAACCCCCUCAUGAGAUGAGCUCACUUUUCUCUCUUCCUGUCUUUCUUUUUCUUUUCAUCUCUUUACUGUUAAUCUCUCGUGGACAGACUUCUGAGACAGAAAUGGUAGUGUACAUCUGUCAAUAUACAACGGAAUGUGUGAGAUAACGACCAGCGUUAGUUCAGGUGUUUUGGACAAAAUCACUAUUUUCGCUGGUGAUAUCGUCUUUCAAAAGUGGAGGGGACAUUUUGGUCCGUAACUUGCAUAAAGACAGGAUGGAGCUCUUUGUUCCAGUUUCGAUCCUCGUUCUAUCUCUUCUCUUAACACGUACUGUAUGGACACAGAAUUUAUCUGACCAGUCACGCAAGUUCUGGUUUCACCAAGAUGACUUUUCUGAUAUAAUGUUGCACGAGGUUUAAGUGCUAGAUAAGAUGGGUGUUCUCUCCAGCUACUACGGCUGUAAGAAAAGAGAAAAGACAGAACUCCACUAGCAUCGCUAAUAUACUCUAGCAAUGCCUUUCUGCUAGCCUCUCGUUGGCUAACUCCACUAGCAUCUCUGUAGCCAUUGACCCAGGCUAGCUGACCUAGCCACUCAUUGGCUAACCCCACUAGCAUCUCUGUAGCCAUUGACCCAGGCUAGCUGACCUAGCCUCUCAUUGGCUAACCCCACUAGCAUCUCUGUAGCCAUUGACCCAGGCUAGCUAACCUAGCCUCUUGAUGGCUAACUCCACUAGCAUCUCUGUAGCCAUUGACCCAGGCUAGCUGACCUAGCCUCUCAAUGGCUAACUCCACUAGCAUCUCUGUACCUAUAGACUAAGACUAGCUGACCUAGCCUCACGAUGUAUAACUCCACUGGCAUCUCUGUACCUAUAGACUAGGACUAGCUGACCUAGCCUCUCAAUGGAUAACUCCACUAGCAUCUCUGUACCUAUAGACUAAGACUAGCUGACCUAGCCUCUUGAUGGCUAACUCCACUAGCAUCUCUGUACCUAUAGACUAAGACUAGCUGACCUAGCCUGUUGAUGGAUAACUCCACUAGCAUCUCUGUACCUAUAGACUAAGACUAGCUGACCUAGCCUCACGAUGGAUAACUCCACUGGCAUCUCUGUACCUAUAGACUAAGACUAGCUGACCUAGCCUCACGAUGGAUAACUCCACUAGCAUCUCUGUACCUAUAGACUAAGACUAGCUGACCUAGCCUCACGAUGGAUAACUCCACUAGCAUCUCUGUACCUAUAGACUAAGACUAGCUGACCUAGCCUCUCCUUGGCUAACUUCACUAGCAUCUCUGUACCUAUAGACUAAGACUAGCUGACCUAGCCUCUCAAUGGCUAACUUCACUAGCAUCUCUGUACCUAUAGACUAAGACUAGCUGACCUAGCCUGUUGAUGGCUAACUUCACUAGCAUCUCUGUACCUAGACUAAGACUAGCUGACCUAGCCUGUUGAUGGCUAACUUCACUAGCAUCUCUGUACCUAUAGACUAAGACUAGCUGACCUAGCCUCUCAAUGGCUAACUUCACUAGCAUCUCUGUACCUAUAGACUAAGACUAGCUGACCUAGCCUGUUGAUGGCUAACUCCACUAGCAUAUAUGUACCUAUAGACUCACACUAGCUGACCUCGCCUGUUGAUGGCUAACUUCACUAGCAUCUAUGUACCCAUAGACUCAUACUAGCUGACCUAGCCGCUCUGCUGUACCCUGUAGACUCCAUGAAGGUACAAAAAUACUGUAUGUCUCCAUUCACCACCAGCAAAUUGAAGAACACUGGAGACUUAUCUCUUUAAGGAUCUCUCUCUCUCUCUCACUCUCUCAGUCUCUGUCUCUCUGUCCUCACCUGGAUGUGUAGCUGACUGGCUAGCUUGUGCUUGGCCUGCAAGUGGAACCAGCUAACUGAUGAACAAGGGAGACCUCUCUAUCUCUUUAAGGAAGCUGACUGGCUAGCUAGCUCUAGAAUGUUAGGAUGUAGUGCAUUCAACCACGGACUACGUUGAACGACUGUAGUGUAUUGAAACAGCAACCACGGGCAGUGCUGCAAUGUAGAUUGUAUUGUGCUCUGCAACAACAGACUCCACUUCAAUGUAUUGUAUAUAGAAACAGACAGACAGGCUGACAAUAUAUGUUAUAUGAGUAGAAACCGACAGAGGAAUGGACGGACGGACGGACUGAGAGUAUGUAUACCACCAGAUGGGAACAGUGGUAGUCUCUAGUUAUUCGGGUCCGAACCAUCACCCCACCCCCUCCACCAAGCAGGGACGGACUGGGACCAGAAACUGGACCGGCAUUUAUAACACACCGAUUCAAGGCCAGUCCAUUUCCGCUACCACGGAUUUGUCUGUACCGGUGCUUUACCACCAACCAAAUGGAACCAUGGAUAAAAUAACAGUCUCGAGGAGGCACCUUAUACUCCGGUCCAGGUUUUCUUUUUCAGUACAAACUUUUUACCAGCACGUGAUGUCCAACAGUCUUCAGAUACCAGGAUUGGUACAGAUGAUUUUAAUCCACGUUUAAAAGGAUGUUUUAUAAACUGUUUCAGUUUUACCAGCAAACAGUAAUACUUAAUAGAAGCGCUUCCAAUCCAGACGGAAUCCAAAUCCGCUCCAGUCUUCCGCUCUCUCUGCAUGGAUAUUACCUGUGGGUAGGUUACGUACCUGUACCCCCUCACCUUUUGAUUCAGGGUGUUUCAAAUAUAUCAAACAUAUUUACGAUUGACUGAUCUACAAAUAAUAAUGGGGAGGCAGGUAGCCUAUCGGUUAGAGCGUUGGGAUUAGUAACCGAAAGGUUGCUAGUUUUGAAUUCCCCCCAAGCCGACAGGGUGAAAAAAAUCUGUCCUACUGCCCUUGAGCAAGGCACUUAACCUUAACUGGUCUAGGGUCGCUGUCAAUAAUGGUUGAUCCCCCUUAGUCGUGACCCUACUCUCUGAGGGUGUCUCAGGGAGAUUUGGGAUAUGCAAAAAAAAACACACAAAAAACACAUUUUCAAUUCACACAUAAAAUAGGAGAUAUAUCCUGUAAGUUCCCACGAAUAGAGAGCCAUUUGGGACACAGGCACCGGGAUGUAAAAAAUAACGACCACAGGAAUUGUUUGUUGUUUUCUAAGUGAUAUUUGUAAAUGUAUUUAUUGGACUUUUAUAUACUUUAUCUACUUUACCAAGCAUGUCUUCCAGUCUUUACCUCUCGCUGUCUGGGCCUGGGGACUAUAGGUUCCAUCCCAGGUUUUCAGAGAAAAUCCUUGUCAAAAGAUUCCCAGAAUCCUUUGAGAGAACAAGCAGGAAAUGUUGAAUCCUCCAACCAGGAUUUCUGGAAAACCUAGGAAUUCUGGGAACAUUUUUGCAACCCUACGUAGAGUAGUUGUGAUGUUUAUCAGACCAGGGUUUCAAAUACAAAAAAAAAUCUCAAUAAAUUAGAUUAAUAAAUGAAUAAAUAGAUUAAAAUACUUUGAUACUUUAUCUGUGGCUGUUUCUGCUUGCCUGGCUUAAUUAACUGAUAGAAAAGUCCCAAAACGGACCCAACCUCCCCAUUAAUUCACCCCAGGCAGACUCAAGGAAACGCUGAAAGUAUUUGAAACAAUUUGUCUCGUAUUUGAAACCAGGUUUGCUUCUUAUACUCUGUACUAACAGGAGAAAACUUAGUUUUUUUUAAACAGAGAGAUGCUAGCCGGGCUGUAUUCAUUCCGCCAAGCAAAACUGUUUGUCUUGUUUUGCAACUAGAACAAGAGUUUCUAUUGGACAAAAUUCAGGUAGGUUCCUCCCCGUUUCGUUCUGUUGGUCAAAACAUUUUGCAACAAAAACAUUUUGUUUGGCAGAAUGAAUACAUCCCAGAACUAAUUUCCUACUGAAUGGGACACCGAUUUGUAACAACAACAAAAAAUAUAUAAAUGCAACUCUGGUCUGACCAAUAGGAGAAGAGUAGAAUGUGACACUUUGGACCAAUAGGUGACAGAAAUAUGGGAUGUCAUUUCUCCACCUGACCAAUAGAGGGAGUUUGGAGGGGCGUUGGGGUGUCAAAAUGAGAGAGUGUGUAUUUCAUUGUAAUAUAUCGAUUUGUUCAGAAGUGGUUGAAACGUUCAGAACGCUGCAGAUAAAUACAGUUUCAAGACACAAUGAUUGUGUCUUCUCCAUGACAUAGAAGAAUGUAUUUUCUGCGUGAUAUAUUUCUAUCGGAACGUUCUGUAAUGUUGCCCCAAGUAAACCACACUAUCACCUCUGUACAUAAAACUAGAGAGAAACUGUUUUUCUUGGGAGUAGUAUACCUAGACACAACUAUGCUAGAAAAGACCAGUGUAGGGAGAAGUGUAGAUUCAACUAGAGAGAAACUCUUUAAAACGACUGGGAUCUUUUUCAGUCUCUAGCUCUAACCAGGUUUCUGUGAUUUAGUCAAAACCACAGUUGUUAUUGGUGUUCACCUUUUCUCCCCAUUUCUCAGUAGUUGGUAUUCAGACAUAGUGUGCAGGCGUAUUCACUCAAUGGGGUUUUCAGUACAUUUAUUAGAGCCAUCCCUUUAAAUUCGGUGAACCUUUAAUUAGAUGUUUUUUUGUCCACAGACUACAUGGAGAGAACUGUUCAGAAUAUUAGGAUAUUAGGUUUAGAGAGCCUUUACCUACGGAAGAAAGAAAAAAACGGUUUAGAGAGCCUUUACCUACGGAAGAAAGAAAAAACGGUUUAGAGAGCCUUUACCUACGGAAGAAAGAAAAAACGGUUUAGAGAGCCUUUACAUACGAAAACAAAAAAAACGGUGGAUUGAUUAAUUCGGGGGAAAAAAUGACACAUUCAGUUCUUCAACCCAUGGUAAUGUUGCAAUAUGUGUGUGUAUAUAACUAUAGUAGGGGAAAUAGUGUAUAAUAGUAUGUUAUACCCCUGUCUAUUGCCUGCACUAACCACGGAACUGUGUUAAUGACAAGUGUUGCGCCAUGCUUCGGGUUCAAAUCGCUCCGCUCCAGAGCGAUUUCAUUAACCUACAUGUCUUUUUUUUUCUUUUCUUUUUUUUUACAUUAAAUUUGAUCAACCACACUUCCGUGACGGCGUUUACCGAGGAAGAAAAUGAAAGUAUUUAAUUAAAACAUUGGAAAUUGCCCAAAGGUUAAAAUGUCACAUGCUGACAUUAAAGUUUCAAGUUAAAAAGGCCAUAGACCUACAAUUUAAAUUCUACAUAAAUGGCACAACAUUUCAUAAACAUCACGUCGCUGUGGGAAAGUUGAUAUGUUUCAGUUUGCUGCCAAAUGAUUGGUUUUACAUUUGCCUCCAGCGAUCAUAAGGUAAAAUAGAUCUAAAACAAUUGUCAUUUAUAUUUACAAUCCCCUUAUUCAAACGGAUUACUCAUUUACCAAGCUCUUACCGAUAGCUCUUAUAAAUAUGUACAUUAGGCCCUACAGUGCAUGAAGAACGGUGUUGUUUCAAUCGGGGGAGAGAGAAAAAAAAAGAAAGUAGAUGUUUUUCACACUUGGAACCGACAGGUUGCUCCAUUUGAUUAAUCGUUUAAAGGUGGUGGAAUUGUGUAUUAAAUCAAGGGCAGAAUAUGUAGACUGAAUCUGUAGACAUACCUCUGCCACACCUCAAUGUAUGCGAUCUCUACCGCUAACAAAUAGCUGGCUGAAACAUGAGUUACCCCGUGCAUAUAAUCAAGGCCAGAAUACGCUUAGAGAAGAAAUUGCAUAACAUUGGAAUUAAGUUCCGUUUACUCACUCAUAACUCGCAUCGGAAACGGGCUAAUGGUGAUGAACAACACACUCUUUACCAGAGGAGGCUCCUCCAGUGAGGAAGAGGAGGACGGUCUUCCUCAUGACAUUGACGACACAAUGUUUACAUUAUGAAACGGUCUCUAGAUCCAAAUGACUCAUACAGGAAACCUGGUUCUGGCUUUUGACUGAAUAGGGCCCAUAGAACAAUUAUGUAGAAUACUUGAGAGAGAAACAGAAAGUGUUUACAUAGCGCUUACAGUGUUUGGACAAUUAUGAAAAACAACAGUAUCUGAAGGUAGAACUUUGCCUAUCCGACUGGCCCAGAGGAAUAUUUCACUUCCUCUGAUCAUAGGAGUAACAACAUGAAUUGGUGCACGAGGCACAAGUAAUGCAGUGCAACUUAAAUUUUGCCAUCGGCUGGAAAACUGUGUCCCCUUUUCUCAGCGGAGGGAUGGAGAGAGGAGGGAGGGAGAGCCUGGUGAGAGACAGCCUCACUGCUCCCUCUCUCCUCUCAGACUGACCAUCAGAUGCAGGCCAUCAGUCCAGUAAAAAAACAAACUAUAUGAUUAUGCUCAAUCAGAUGUAACAUCACAAGUAAUACAACAAAUUAUCUAUUACCAGUUUGAUCAUAUACCAACAUUUAAAAAAUAUAUAAUUUCAAAAUGGUCCCAGAAUAAUAACAUUGUCAAGGCAAGUCAAGCAUAGACAGUAUGCAGUGAUAAUAUAUUGGGCCUAUAGCUUACUGUACAAACCUCAUUGAUUCAGAACUGUUUUUAAAUUGGUUAAUGUUGCUUAGGCUUCCCUUAUUUAAGUCAUGUUAAAAUAAAAUCUGAGCGGUAGAUCUCAGCUUGCAUUUCGACUCUGAAAAAGGUCGGUGACCUCUGUAAUAGAGGAAUCCAUCCUUGUCGGAUCUAUAAAAAAAUUUUUUUUUUAAAUGUCUAGGAUUCUUUCUGUAAUUUUAAAUGUAUAAAAACGACAUCACUAAAAGAUGCUGAAGGAUAACUAUUUACUAUGAAUGAUUUUAAACGGUUUAAUACUCUUUCAAGUCUUUUGGUGGAAUGUUUUGCUACUUUUUAUUGCCUCUUGUAAUAUUACCAGGAAAUGGACAGUUUACUCUGUUCAUCUGUUUACAUUUAUGGGGUUUUCAGGAAAUGUAGCACUUAGAUUCUGUGUCAUUUUAAAGUUGGGUUGAAUCUCCAAAACUCAGCACUCUUGAUAUGAACGUGUAAACAAACCAGCCAGCUUUGAAAAGUACUAAAAUGUAAUGGUGCUCUGUUACAAACUGUAUAACAUAAGCUAACUUACUAUAUAAGCUAAUAUAUCGUGAUGAUGUAGAACCCAACAUGUUUCCAGUCUUGUCCAGCCUACUGAAGGUCCUCUAUCUAUGUAACUCUCUGUGUCCUUUAAAGUCAACUACUCACCCUACUGAAUGUCCUACAGUUGAAGUCGGAAGUUUACAUACACCUUAGCCAAAUACAUUUAAACUCAGUUUUUCACAAUUCCUGACAUUUAAUCCUCGUAAAAAUUCCUGUCUUAGGUCAGUUAGGAUCACCACUUUAUUUUAAGAAUGUGAAAUGUCAGAAUAAUAGUAGAGAGAAUGAUUGAAUUCUUUCCUGACAUUCCCAGUGGGUCAGAAGUUUACAUACACUCAAUUAGUAUUUGGUAGCAUUGCCUUUAAAUUGUUUAACUUGGGGCAAACAUUUUGGGUAGCCUUCCACAAGCUUCCCACAAUAAGUUCGGUGAAUUUUGGCCCAUUCCUCCUGACAGAGCUGGUGGAACUGAGUCAGGUUUGUAGGCCUCCUUGCUCACACACGCGUUUUCAGUUCUGCCCACAAAUGUUCUAUAGAAUUGAGGUCAGGGCUUUGUGAUGGCCACUCCAAUACCUUGACUUUGUUGUCCUUAAGCCAUUUUGCCACAACUUUGGAAGUAUGCUUGGGGUCAUUGUCCAUUUGGAAGACCCAUUUGUGAAGCUAGAACUUCCUAAUUGAGGUCUUGAGAUGCUGCUUCAAUAUAUCCUCAAAUUUCCUGCCUCUUGAUGCCAUCUAUUUUGUGAAGUGCACCAGUCCCUCCUUCAGCAAAGCACCCCCACAACAUGAUGCUGCCACCCCCAUGCUUCACGGGAGGGAUGGUGUUCUUCGCUUGCAAGCCACCCCCUUUUUCCUCCAAACAUAACAAUGGUCGUUAUGGCCAAACAGUUAUAUUUUUGUUUCAUCAGAAUAGAGGACAUGUCUCCAAAAAGCACAAUCUUUGUCCCCAUGUGCAGUAGCAAACCGUAGUCUGGCUUUUUUAUGGCAGUUUUGGAGCAGUGGCUUCUUCCUUGCUGAGCACCUUUCAGGUUAUGUCGAUAUAGGACUUGUUUUACUGUGGAUAUAGAUACUGUUGUACCUGUUUCCUUCAGCAUCUUCACAAGGUCCUUUGCUGUUGUUCUGGGAUUGAUUUGCACUUUUCACACCAAAGUACGUUCAUCUCUAGGAGACAGAACGCGUCUCCUUCCUGAGCGGUAUGAUGACAGCGUGGUCCCAUUGCGUUUAUACUUGCGUACUAUUGUUUGUACAGAUGAACGUGGUACCUUCAGGCAUUUGGAAAUUGCUCCCAAGGAUGAACCAGACUUGUGGAGGUCUACCAUUGUUUUCUGAGGUCUUGGCUGAUUUCUUUUGAUUUUCCCAUGAUGUCAAGCAAAGAGGCACUGAGUUUGAAGGUAGGCCUUGAAAUACACCCACAAGUACAUCUCCAAUUGACUUAAAUCAUGUCAAUUAGCUUAUCAGAAGCUUCUAAAGCCAUGACAAUUUUCUGGAAUUUCCAAGUAUGUAAACUUCUGACCACUGGAAUUGUGAUACAGUGAAUUAUAAGUGAAAUAAUCUGUCUGUAAACAAUUGUUGGAAAAAUUACUUGUGUCACGCACAAAGUAGAUGUCCUAGCCGACUUGCCAAAACUAUAGUUUGUUAACAGGAAAUUUGUGGAGUGGUUGAAUAACGAGUUUUAAUGACUCCAACCUAAGUGUAUGUAAACUUCCAACUUGUAUGUAACUCUCUGUGUCCUUUAAAGUCAACUGCUCCACCAUGAGUGUAAUUAUAAGUUAAUACAUGUUUAGUAAGCAGUUUACACAUGUUUAGUAAGCAGUUUAUUAAUGUUUAGUAAGCAGUUUACACAUGUUUAGUAAGCAGUUUAUACAUGUUUAGUAAGCAGUUUAUUCAUGUUUAGUAAGCAGUUUAUUCAUGUUUAGUAAGCAGUUUAUAAAUGUUUAGUAAGC